AUGGUUUUCAUCCUGGGUGUUAACUUUCCCGAGCGGAACCUGCUCAAGGCAAGCCGAACCCUCACGCAAUCUGGGCAACAGAAAUCCCUCGAGACAUUCUUCGGAAUCGGCAACAACACCUCGGCUCGCCUCAUGUCCCGCUUCAACAUCCACCCGACCUGCCGCGUCGGCGAGCUCGCCAACAAGCAGGUCCUUGACCUCACAGCCGUGCUAUCGGAGAUGAAAAUCGAGAACGACUUGCGCAGAGAGGUUCUGAAUGAUAUCAAGCGUAUGAAGGAGACUGGAACUUAUCGCGGCCGACGUCAUGCGCUGGGCUUGCCUGUGAGGGGACAGCGGACUCGCACUCAGAUCAAAACUCCUGUCAAGCUGAACCGCAUGGAGCGCAGGCUAUAA